AUGGCCGGAAGCCAAAAAAAAUCUACCAAGAAGUUCGAGAAGAAACACUUGAAGGAUGUACUCGAACGACGAAAGGCGGCCGCAAAGAUCAAGCAACGAAACCAGCUGAAAGAGAAACGGAAAUCGGACAACACCAAGUCACGAGCUGAGAGGAAGGAUGAUUCCGAGGAUGAUGCCGAGCAAGUCAAGAAACAGAACGCCUUUGCCGAGAUGAACGUGGACGACUUCUUCGCUGGAGGAUUUGACAUUGCAGACCCUGCUGCCAACAAGAAGAAGGUCAAGAAGGACGUCAGCCCGAAAAUUGGGAAGCGAAAGCGAUCGGAAACUCAGGAAGAAGAGGAGGAAGAGUUGAGCAGCGGAGACGAGGAUUUUGCAGAGUCUCAAGAUGGUGACGGAGGGUCAGAAGCCAGCGAGCUUGACGACGCUGAAACUCAUAAGAAAGAUAUCGAGGCCCUUAAAGAGAAGGACCCGGAAUUCUACAAAUAUCUCCAGGAGAACGAUGCCGAGCUGCUCGAAUUCGGUGACCUUGCAGAGGUUGACGCGCUGAGCGAAGGAGAGGACGAGCAGGACGAGGAGCCGGCUAAGAAGAAGAAAAAGGCAGCAAAGGAGGAGGAACCGGCUUCUAACCUAACGGUUGCAUCGGUGCAGAAAUGGCAGAAGCUCAUGGAAGAACAGCACUCUAUUCGCGCAAUGCGACAGGCAGUGCUCGCCUUCCGUGCCGCGGCGUAUCUCGACGACCCAGAUGCCCAGGAGCAAAAGUACUCCAUCUCUGACUCAAACGUGUACCACCAAGUCCUUGUCACGGCACUUAACAAUGUUCCCAAGGUUCUUUCGCAUCAUCUUCCUGUCAAGGAGACCGCGUCUGGCAAAGUUCGGGUUUCACUAGACUCAAAGAAGUUCAAGACUCUCACCCCCCUCAUCAAGUCGCACACCUCCUCUGUCCAGAAGAUGCUUGCGAACCUCUCCGACGAGCAAACCCUCAAGCUGACGCUCUCUUCGAUCGAACCCAUGCUUCCCUACCUCCUGCAAUUCCGCAAGCUUCUCAAGGUCCUUAUCAAGACCAUCGUCGGCAUCUGGGCCGAUGCUUCUACCACAGAAGCAACACGAAUUGUCGGCUUCCUCCUCCUACGCCGUCUAAUGGUCAUCGGUGACUCGGGACUCAAGGAAUCCGUCCUCAAGGCCUCCUACGAAGGCGUCGUCAAGGGCAGUCGCAAUACAACAGUCCACACACUCCCUGGCGUCAACUUGAUGAAAAAUUCCGCUGCCGAACUCUGGGGCAUUGACCAAAACGUCUCGUACACAACCGGCUUCAACUUCAUCCGCCAGCUCGCCAUGCAUCUCCGCAGCAGCAUCACAAACACCUCCAAGGAAAGCUACAAGACCAUCUACAACUGGCAGUACGUGCACAGUCUGGACUUCUGGUCCCGCGUCCUCUCGCAACACUGCGAUGGCCUCGUCGAGGCCAAAAUUGGCAAACAGUCCGCCCUCCGCCCCCUCAUCUACCCAGUUGUCCAGAUCACUCUUGGCGCCAGCCGCCUCAUUCCCACAGCUCAAUACCUCCCACUCCGUUUCCAGCUCACGCGCUCGCUGCUUCGUCUUUCUCGCGCUUCAGGCACAUACAUCCCGCUCGCCCCCCUCCUCCUCGAACCCCUGAAUCUCACCGAACUUCGCAAAGCCCCUAAACAAGCUACUCUGCGACCGCUCGACUUUACGACAACAAUCCGCGCGCCUAAAUCCUACCUCCGCACCCGGGUGUACCAGGAUGGCGCCGCCGAGCAAAUCGCCGAAUUGCUGUCUGAAUUCUUCGUCCUCUGGAGCAAACACAUUUCCUUUCCGGAACUGAGCGUCCCUAUCGUUGUUGCUCUCAAGCGCUGGUUGAAACAGGUUUCAUCUCGGUCUGGCGGCAACCGGAAUCAGAAAUUAAAUCAAAUGAUCCUCUUGCUUGUGCAGAAGGUCGAGGCGAAUGCGAAGUGGAUUGAGGAAAGGAGAGCGCAUGUUACAUUUGCGCCGAGGAACAAGACGGAGGUCGAGGCUUUCCUCAAGGAUGUAGACUGGGAGAGUACGCCGUUGGGUGCAUUUGUAAAGGUGCAGAGGAAGCUGAGGGAGGAAAAGGCGGCUCUUCUUGAGGAGGGCCGGCGAGAGGAGGAGAAGAGGAGGCAGGAGGAGAGGGAUGGCGGGGAUGAUGUUGUUAUGGAUGAUGUGGCUAGUGAGAACGAUCACAGUGGGGACGAUGAGGAGGAGGAAGAGGAGGAAGAGGAGGAAGAGGAGGAAGAGGAAGAGGAGGAAGAGGAGGAGAUUUCAGAGGAAGAAGAGGACGAUGACUGA